AUGACGCUUAAAUAUAGAAGUGGAAGAGGUUAUGCUCGUGCUGCACCAUGGGAAGAGACGGCCUACUUAUCAGUGGGAGCAGACAGGAAUCUCUUUUACGGCGAAUUUGCCGUGGAAUGCGUCUCUCUUCUCGCUUUCAUCCUGUUCCUCAUCUGGGUAUGUACGAUCAAGAGUCGUACUCUCCCGCUGACCACAAUCAUUUGGGCCCUGAAUUGCUUUAUAUGCUCCCAAAUAUGCGUUAUCGUCCCGGCAGCAAUGUCUAUCGCAGGGACGGAGGUGACGAUGUACUAUGUGAUCGCCUUCAUGAUCCAUGACUUCUUCCUGGUGGUUGCGAUCUGUCUCACCUUCAAUAUCUUCUGGGGUUUCAUCCAUCGCUUCCUGGGCCUGAUUAGACUUUCCGGCAAGCCGCACGUGGCAGUGAAAAUCAUCCACUAUCUCUUCUUUACUGCUAUCCUGCUGCUUUCUCUUGCCGAAUGCGCAUUGUAUAUCGCUACUUUGGUAGGACAGGUGACAUCAGAUUAUGGCCUUGAAGACCUGGGCUGGUCACGGCUGAAUGGUGUGCUUUAUAUCGUCUACUUCGUGCUGUCCGUGGAGGUCUUCGCUUGGAGCAUGUUCGUGAAUAGAAAGGCCACUGCUUAUCGAUCCGUAUCAAGCACGCCUGCUACUGCACUCGUCGGCGCCGCUGUCCCCUGGUUCAUUGUGUGUCUCACCUGGGCAGUCAUAUCCAUUCGUUAUCGCAUAAUGGAUGCCUAUAGCCCUCCCAACUAUCUGUACCUUAUCAAGGCUGUUAUUCAGCUCGCGUUCUGGGUCGGCACUUACUUUGGUAUCCUCACGUGCUGUGAUCAGUGGAGAGCCCUCGGCUAUGAGUACAACAACCCUCCUCCGCGUGAGUACCCGCGUCAGCACUCGCCUCAGUCCACUCCUCCCAGUCAACAAUAUCCUCUGGUUCAACACCCAUAUGAUGUUGCUCCUUACGAACCAUAUGAUAAUUCGACACAACCUCCGGCUCGCCACUCGCUCCGUGCCUCGCUUCGAUGA